GAAGAAGUUCAGAGGAAACAAAGAAGAGAGGAGGAAAGUGAAGGAUGGAGGUGAGAAGGAGGAGUGAAUAGGGAAUUAGAUGUGAGGUUUGCAGGCGGAGGUUUGGUGCAGCGUUUGGCUGAAAGACGCAGUCGGACGAUGGACGACCAGAACCUCCUCAUGCCUCUGCAGGACCUCCUCACCGACCAGUCCAGCAGACGUCAGCUCAGAGAUGAACCACGAGAAGUUUACUGGACAAACUGAAACCUGUUGGACUCUUCUGAAUGUCUGAGACGAUGACGAUGAUGAUGAUGAUGAUGAUGAACGGAUGUUUGAAGGAUACAUUUGGACGUUUUUCUGAUGACGGACAAAGUGACAAACUUUCCUUAAACCACCUUAAAUAAGUGAAACUAUUUACUGAUAUGUGAACGUUUAGUAGAUUAAUUUGUACCGUCAGUCAGAUUUGAUCUGAAGAGAACUUGGUUCUAUACAAGAGAAUAGAAGACGGACAGUUUGAAUAUUUCAAGAACACAUUUGACUCCCUGAGGACUUUGGUGAUGGACCAAAGUUACUGAUGAUUGGAGGUCAGUUUACAGAUAUUUAGAGAUACUCUUAACGUUGGAUGAGGACUUUGUCAGGACUUAUCCUUCAUCGGGACACAUCUGGAUCAACAGAGGGUUUCCUGCAAAAGUAGAAGACGUGAUUGAACCAAACACACAUCAGAAUCUGAGCUUCCAUUGGAUUGUGGAUCAGAUUCCUGGAGUUGAACAUCUGAUCCAAACCUCUUUGAAAAGUCUUCAUAUUUAUAUUUACUGGACACUUGUAUCGUCUGAGUCUUUUCCGGAUGAUUCUCUUGCUGCCAUGAUUCACCACCGGACACACCUUUCAUGGUUCCUGUUGGUUCCUGUUGGUUCCCCCUUCCUGUCGGAUUAAAUCUGGUUCUUCAUGAUGGCGAAUGAGAAGGAGAACACGUCUGAUUCCAGGAGAAGAACUGUGAGAUAAUGGACUGGAAGGAACUGUGAGGCAGCUCAGAAGCUCAGUUUGUCCCGCAGGAUGAAGUCCCUGUUAGGCCCCGCCCCCUCUCUCUAUGGGGGGGGGUUCAGUGGAGCCCUGCAGGUCUCACCGCCCCCCGUCCCACCAUGUCUCCUCCGGGCCGGGUCAAAGGUCAAGGAUGCACCGGGGAUGGGGAAGGUCCGAGUGAUGGUCCGGAUCUGCUCGGUCCACAGCAGCGAGUCCUCAGAGUCCGUGUCCCUCCUCAAAGUGGACGUCAGGAAGAAGCUGCUGACUCUCAGCGAGAUGCCGACCGGCGGACAAAUUGCCGGCGCCCAGAGACGGUCCUCCGCCUCGGGUCCAAAGACCUUCACCUUCGACGCCAUCUUCUCCCAGAAUGCAUCACAGGUGAGACGUGAUCAACGACACCUUUGAUAU